AUGGAUGAUUAUAAUGGCGUUGAUAGAUUGCUAUUCUUCGAGCAGUAUUUAAAGAGAUUGAGGUCAGAGAAAGAAGACUUCUUCAAGGAAACCUUGGAGCGUCUUCUUUCGACAACAUUGGAGCUCCCGUUUGUGGAAGAAUGCCGCAAACUGUACAUAAAAGAGCGGAAACCGAAAAAGUCAGGAAAGUGCUUCGGUGCGCCGCUGAAUAUGUACCAGUUUGAGCGGCUAGAUCCGCUGAUUCAAACGAUCAGGAUCGAUAUCCACAAAGAAGGCCUAUUCAGAAAGCCAGGAGCAACGGCAAGAAAAAAAGAGCUUCGAAGAAUUCUCGACUCGGGCGAAAAACCUCCAACGGAAAUCAACGUCAACGACGCUUGCGACUUGAUCAAGAUCUUCUUCCGCGAGUUGCCGCAGAACGUUUUUCCGGAGGAGCACUUUGCGACGCACAUUUCCAUCUCGGACAUGAACCACGCCGAUGGAACUGAGGACAAGCGGCGGCGGAUUCAAACGCUCCAGGCGCUCUAUCUCUGCCUGCCUGAUGUAAACCGCAUCGCGAUUCGCAUCCUGCUGCAGUUGUUGCACUCGACAGCGCGGCGACAGGAGGAGAAUAAAAUGUCGGCAUCCUCGUUGGCGACGAUCUUCCUUCCCGCCCUUCUUCCACAGGUGGUCGAACAUGGCUCCUCGGCUGGAAUCACGAAGCUCUCACAUCACAUCACCUUCAUGAUUCGACACGCCAGGAAGAUUAUCAUGCCGCCGAUAGAGAUCGUCAAUCUAGUUCAAAAGUUCUACCCGGAUUGUCUUAAAAACAUGCCUCCUGCACCUCCAGCUUCUGGCAAAAGCAGACCAGGCGCAAAGAAAACACUUUCUACCCGUCUAAAAGACUCAAUCGUCAACUUUGUAUCUCCAAAGAAAGGGCGCCGGGCGCCGAUUCGCGAUGCAAAUUCUAUCUCUCAUACGCUUCUUUUCCGCUCAGGCUCGGCCGAUUGGACCAGUAGUCCCAAAGCGUUAGAUCGACAGUGUCGCUCGAAGAGUGAGAAGAUCCUCAACAGGAAGAGCAUCUUUGGUUCAAGAAGCGACAUCGCUGAUAGUGAUGAAUUGCCCUCGACCAGCACAACCGCCAAUAGCGAGUAUUCGAAAUUCCGAGAGAUGCAUAGCAAAGAAACGGCUUCCAUGGGUUCUAUGGCUAGUCUUCUUUCAUCUGCAGCUUCCAACGAUAUUUUCGACGAGGCCAAGGCCGAUUGCAUCAGCCGAGCCUCGAUCGACUACGCCGAGAAAAGCCAAGACGAGCUUCUCUCCGAAGAGCCAACAGAAGAGCCACAAAUGAACGAGGAAUCUAAGAUCUCAGAAGAAUCCACGGAAGACUACCACUCUGCCUCUGUCGACGAAAUCCUCGACGAAGACAAUCCGGACGAGUCGAGCGAGCACUCUCCAUCUGUUACCAAUCCUCAAAUUCCUUCCUCGACAAGCGGAAGUCUCAUUUCCAAGAAACCCUCGGCCUCGUCUCUCUCGCAGUACGAAGAGAGCACGACGAAAUCGUCAAUGAAGGAGUGUCUUGACGAAUCUACCUUAGAAGCCCCGGAUAUAAGAAUCACUUCGAUCGCUGACUUGGUCAGGAUGCGACAACAACACAAAGCCGAGAGCUCCUCUCGACGCGUUCUAGAGCCAGUGUCCGAGAAUAGCCCGUCUCGUUACUCGCCCAAGCCUUCCAUGAAACGAGAAAGCCCGACGCAUCCAAAUGUCCAGCGAGAGCAAAAGCUGCAGAAGACAGAAGAGAAGACAACUGUCACCCUUCCUCGACCGAUUGUGCGUGCUAGAAACUCGCCUGGCUUGUCUUCCUACCGCCGCGACUUGCGCCGUAACUCGUCAACGCGCAUGGGUCCGUUGGCGGCCAUGUCCAUCCGCCAAGUCAAGAAGGAAACUAUUUUAUAA